AUGCUAAUGAUGGGAGGUGAAAAUUCAUUAAUUAUUCAUGACUGUGGACUGAGAAGGCAGAUCCUGGCUUUUCCUGUUACCAUUGCAACAAGUGGCUGCCGGCCUAGUCAGAACAAGGUCAUGAAACAUUUCAACAGAAACAGACUAGAGAUCACAAUUAUGCCUUCUGGAGAAAGGAAACCCAUGUUUCUGAACUGUACAGAACACAUUCAGAUGGAUUUAAAAGCUAAACCUUAUUCAAAAUGGACCCAGGAAACCAAGCCUUUUGUGUCUCAAAUUUACUUUACCAUAAACAACUCCUCUUUGGGGAGAGAAUGUUGCUUUGGAAUCAGAGAAAAACAGUUUGAUGCUAACGAUCCAAAAGAACUCAAAAGCCAUCUGCACGAUAAUGCUGCAGAGAAAGAAUCAGACUCCACUAAGGAGUCUCUGGCAUCACAAAACACAAAAACGAUUUCAUCCAUAGUCAUUUCACAGUUGAUUGAUGAGAUUAAAUCAAAAGAAAAUGGGUCUGCUUUGCCGAUGCAGUCUGUGAUCACUCAGCCUAAUGAUUAUCAUAUGAAGCAGUCUCUGGCUAAUGAUAGUUCAGUCAACAUUAAUAGAGCAUUCAUGUUACUUCCCAGCAGAUUAGGAAUUCAGGAAUCUUUCGAUGACAACGUAUCUGGAAUGGACUCUCAUAAAAAAGGAUUUGCAUCCAUAACAGUUACUGCUAGACGCAUUGUUCCACCUUUUAACAACCCAGUGCAGGUAGCUGUUACUGAUUCUCUGUGUUUGAAAUACUGGGGAGGUGAUGUUCUAAUGAACACUGUUGCUACUUCAAACAAAGCAGGACGAGCUCAGCACUGCAAACCUUUGCAUAAUCAAGAAUCUUAUAUAAACCGAUAUGCCACCAGAUUAAAGGUUUCUGAAUCUUAUUCACAAGUAUAUAAAGGGCAUGGAGACUGGAUUUUUAACAUUGAAAACAAUGAAAACAGAACAUUUCCUCCAGGCAGCAAUCACAGGAAAAAAGCACCAGUUUCAUUCACUUCAUCUGUUCACUUCAAGAUUUCCCAGCACUGUCCAAAUACAAUCUAUUACUUUGACAAGUCACUUUCUGUAUGUAUUGACCAACUUCAAAUUAAAAGCCAAAAGAUUCAUAGAUCAAUAUUGUCCUUCAAUAUAAAUUGCAGUUCACCCAGAUUAACACCAGAUGGAGCAGAUGGCAUAGCUAAUGAAGAGUCAAUAGCAGAGAUACUUAAAACAAAGCUCCCAGAUGAAAACAAGACUCCACUCAGAACAAAUUCAAAUAUAAAUUUAAAAGAAAAUAAUGUAGAUAAAAAACAGACAGCAGAAAAGGAAUAUUUGGGUACUACACGCCCUUGGAAAGGUACAUCUCCCUCUGACUGUCCAGAAUUUGUGAAUACACCCAAAGGAACUAAUAAUUUAAUAGUCACAAAGCAAAAAGAAGAUAAUUCUGAUGAACAGUGUACUGGCAAUGACAUCAAAUUGUCCAUUCAAGUUCCUAAAUGGAGUUAUGAGGCAGGACUGCAAACUUUUUCUGGAAGCCACAGGAGGCAGUACACUAAAGACAAGUACAAUGUAACUGCUCCUGCUUCCUUUAUGGAGCGAGCUCCCAAAAAUGAAUUCAGGGCUGAUGUUGGUGGCUCUUUGAAAGACAGAGAUCCAUCCAAAGGCACUUCAAAGUCCAAAGAGAUUCCAGCACAAAGCUUUCUGAAACCAAAAAUCCCUGUGUCUGGUUCUGUAUGUGAUAUAAAGGCCUUAUCAAAAACUGCACUGGAAGAAAAUGAUGUCCACAGGAAAAAUCAGUUCCCAAAAGGUGAUUACAAAUUCAGUGGUUCAGUUGACAAAAUAAAAGAUUGUAAGAAGAGUGAUAAACAAGAGACGGCCAGCAGGGUAACAACCUCCGCAGCUCACUCACCAGAUGUUACUCAUGAGAAACAAGAAGCAUUCACACAGCCAGAAAUCUGCGCUGAGCCUGAGAAAAUUCCAUCCAGCCUACUGACUCUAAGGGAGGCUCUGGAAGUCCAUAAACCUCAGUUUAUUUCUCGUUCACAAGAACGGUUGAAAAAACUUGAACACAUGGCACAACUGAGGAAAACCCAGCAGAAUGACACUUCAGAAAAGCAAGAAGGAGCUCUUCUUCCUCAAAAACUUUCCUCAACAUCCAUUUCUAACAAAAAGAAGCAAUAUACCGUUCCUCACCCUCUCAGUGAUAACCUGUUCAAACCAAAGGAAAGGUUCAUUUCGGAGAAGGAGAUGCACAUGAGAUCCAAAAGGAUUUAUAAUAACUUGCCUGAAGUGAAAAAGAAAGAGGAAGAAAAACAGAAACGAAUCAUCAUACAGAGCAACAGACUACGGGUGGAGGUCUUCAAAAAGCAACUACUGGACCAGCUUCUUCAAAGAAAUACGGAGUGACAAAGGAGACCAUUGGAUCUUGAAUGUCUUUGACUAUUAGAUAAGACAUAAAAUUUAGCAUUAUCUUAAUUACCUGGAGACAUCUUUCUUACCUUCAACUAUCUAUGUAAAGGAAGAUAAUUUGUACUUCAGUAGGAUUUGAAUGAAACUUCCAAAUAACCAAGGGAGAACAUAUAAAUGAGCAAACUGCUUUAGGACUAUCAUCUUAUAGUUGGUUUACCCAGAGAAAAUAAUUUUAAGAAACUUUUAUGCAAACGUUGAAUUACAAUGGUAUUUAUUUUCACCUUUUAAAUAUAUAUACCGUUUUAGCAAUAGAACUGGGUUUUCAAGACAUAGGAAACUUAUUUUUCCAAAGUAUUCUACUCAUUGAUUUCCUGAGAGUAAAAUACUAGAAAAAUGAAUAUCAUUAUUUGUUAUGUUUAGAAACUAGCUGAAAUGACAUUACCGCAGUUUUAAAUUAAUGGUUAAUGCACCAAAAGGGACCAAUAUUUCUGUGCUCUGAAGGAGUUCAUUCCUGUUUAUGUACUGAACCCAAAUAGCAGGGUUACCUUGUAGAAAGCAAUAUUUAGAACUUCAGUAAUAAUACUUUUUACAUGUUCUUCGCUAUAACAUAUAAUUCUGCUUGCUUCUCUGAGCAUAAAGUAUUUAUAGAAAUGGCAUAUUAAGAAGUGGUGCAGACCCAUGCAGUGGUUUCCCCCAAGAAAUACGUGUGU